CCGCCCGGGCUGCCAUGGCCCUUCCCGGCAUCCCCUAUGAGCGACGGCUUCUCAUCAUGGCGGACCCUAGAGAUAAGGCGCUUCAGGACUACCGCAAGAAGCUGCUAGAGCACAAGGAGAUUGACGGCCGUCUUAAGGAGCUAAGGGAACAAUUAAAAGAACUUACCAAGCAGUAUGAAAAGUCUGAAAAUGAUUUGAAGGCACUACAAAGUGUUGGACAGAUUGUAGGUGAAGUGCUUAAACAGUUAACAGAAGAAAAAUUCAUUGUUAAAGCAACAAAUGGACCAAGAUAUGUUGUAGGUUGUCGUCGGCAGCUUGAUAAAAGUAAGCUGAAGCCAGGAACCAGAGUUGCUUUGGAUAUGACCACACUAACCAUCAUGAGAUAUCUGCCAAGAGAGGUGGAUCCAUUGGUUUAUAACAUGUCUCAUGAGGAUCCUGGAAAUGUAUCUUAUUCUGAGAUUGGAGGCCUAUCAGAACAGAUUCGGGAGUUAAGAGAGGUAAUAGAAUUACCUCUUACAAAUCCAGAAUUAUUCCAGCGUGUAGGAAUAAUACCUCCAAAAGGCUGUUUGCUAUAUGGACCGCCAGGCACUGGGAAAACACUCUUGGCACGAGCUGUUGCCAGCCAGCUGGACUGCAACUUCCUAAAGGUUGUAUCUAGUUCUAUUGUAGACAAGUACAUUGGUGAAAGUGCUCGUUUGAUUAGAGAAAUGUUUAAUUAUGCCAGGGACCACCAGCCAUGCAUCAUUUUUAUGGAUGAAAUAGAUGCUAUUGGUGGCCGUCGGUUUUCUGAGGGAACAUCAGCUGACAGAGAGAUUCAGAGAACUUUAAUGGAGUUAUUAAAUCAAAUGGAUGGCUUUGAUACUCUGCAUAGAGUUAAAAUGAUCAUGGCUACAAACAGACCAGAUACACUGGAUCCUGCCUUGCUGCGCCCAGGAAGACUAGAUAGAAAAAUACAUAUCGACUUACCAAAUGAACAAGCAAGAUUAGAUAUAUUGAAAAUCCACGCAGGCCCUAUUACAAAGCAUGGUGAAAUAGAUUAUGAAGCAAUUGUAAAGCUUUCAGAUGGCUUUAACGGAGCAGACCUGAGAAAUGUUUGUACUGAAGCAGGUAUGUUUGCAAUUCGUGCCGAUCAUGAUUUUGUAGUUCAGGAAGACUUCAUGAAAGCAGUCAGAAAAGUGGCUGACUCCAAGAAGCUAGAGUCCAAACUGGACUACAAACCUGUGUAGUUCACUGUAAACAUGUGUAGUUUACUUUAAGGGUUUUGGUGGCUGCAUGACAGACAUUGGUUUAAUGUAAAAAUAAAGUUAAGGAAAAUAAUGUAUGUAUUGGCAAUGAUCUCAUUAAAAGUGAAUAAACGUGUAUAAGCAACAUAAUAGUAUGUAAUUCAGUAAUUCUUUUAAAAUUGGUACAGAAAAAAGUUAUGUUUGUUAAUGUUGCAUUUGCUGCAGCAGAAUUUACGGAAGACAUGCUGGAGCUUUUCGUAUUUGCUUCGUGAGCAUUUUGUACAACACUCAAAUGGUUUGAGAUAGUAGACGAGAGCAUUUCUUAUGACUUAUUUUAUAUUUUGUUUUCCUCAUCCUAAAAAAAAGCAAUAAAAUCUGUUUUAGUUGUUCUAAAUAUAUUCUUGUCUUUUCUAAGAGCACAUUUAUUCUAGUUCUUUUGGAUCAGUAAGUACCUGACUUGAAAGCCUAGAUGAAAUUGAAAAUUAAAUAGGGCUUUGAAUUUUAUUUUUAAACAGUACUCACAGAGCACACAAAAUUGUCUUCUUAUAUAAAUCAUAGAGUGUGGAGUUAUGGAGUAUAUACACGCACCUGUGUCUUCCAAGAAAUUCAUUUUACCUAUUGCAGCUAGGUAUUUGAUAGUUAGUUUUAACUUUUUAAAGAUUAUGACUGGAAGUAAUACUUAUAGUUAAUUUGGUUUAUGUGAAAAAAGAAUUCCCUUUUGAAGUCUGGAUCCAGGAAAAGUCUGUUCGUGGACAUACAAUUUUGUAUAUAUGUGAUUUCUAGAGAUGUAUUAUUUCCUAGGUUCACCAAUUGAUUCUAUAAAUAUCUUCCAGUAAAUACCAGGCUGAGAGUGUCUACUCUAUGGAAUGUUAAAUGUCAGAAAUGUUCAAAACAAACGUUCUGUUACCUGUACACAAUUCUAAUUUCAUGUGGCAAUCAAAAGUUGUAUAAGGAAAUUGUCAAUGUCUAAGAAUUGAGAUUAUUUAUAGUUAAUUCUUGUUUAAAUAAAAACAUCAAACUUCAGUUUCAUAAAUA